GUGCUGUUUCCGUGAGCUAGGCUGGUUCCGAAUUUUGUCCCGAAUUUCGCCCAGGAUUCAGGAACUGGUUGGGGCUGUGCCUCAUUCUGCGGUUGGUGCUGCCCCGGGUUACCGAGCCCUGAAGUGGUUUGGAUGACUCACGUCAUGUAUCCAGCUCGGCAACCUGCAACGUUGGACAUUCGUCGACAAGUCAAUGGCUCCAAUUUUGUGCUCGAGGCGCGCAUUUAGCUUUCCCCCCCUUCCAGUUUCCCGCUUUUCAGGGUCGCGUUCACCAAGCCUGCAGGAGGUGUUGCGCCUAUCAUCGGAGAGGAACCAGGUUACUGGUGUGGCAUGAAUGAGGCACACGCUUGGCGUUAUCCUCUUCGAUGAUAAGCUAGAAGACGACCAUCAAUAACCGAAGGGGGUGUCAGCCCCAGUGAACAUUUAGAUUGAAGAAAAGGAACCCUAAAAAAAAAAAAAAAGGGAUCUCUUUUUACAGCACCAUCUUACUCUCUCUCAGUUUUUGCAUCCUGCUACGAGGUUCUUACUUCGUUCUUCGGCUCUUCUUCAGUCUCCUUUCAGCCUCAAACUUAUCUCGUAUUAGCCAUGGCUGCUGCUACUCUCUCCUCCACCUUUGCUGCCAGCAUGCAGUCUCUCUCCAUUUCCCAGGCAACCACCUCAUCCCGCGCAGCUCUCCCCGCCUUCUCCGGACUCAAGGCGCACAAGAAGGCUUCCGCUUCCGCCUCCACCAAGGCGUGCACAUGCGCAACCUGCCGCCGCGCCGUCCGCGUUGUCGCCAGCGCCAACUCCGACGCGCACUUCGCCAGUGUUUCUCAAUCCACCGCCGCCCCUGCCGCUCCCGGCGCUAACGCCCUCCUCCCCGCCAUCGUUGGCGCCGGCGCUCUCGGCGCCGCGACCUACGUCGCCGUGAAGAAGCUCACCGCGUCUCCCGCCGCCGCUCCCGCCGCACCCGCCGCCGCCGCUCCCACCGCGUCCAACGCGCCGCCCAGCGGCAUCGUCCCGCGCGCGAAGCACGCGGCGUCGUCCGGCGCUAGCGACGAUGGCGGCGACUUUCCCGGCGGCGAUGCAGGAGGAGGCGUUUCUGAAGGCGGUGGCGGUGGAGCUGGCGAAGCUGGGGUUCCGCAAGGACAACGGCAUCGCGCUGGUGAACACGUGUCGCGACGAGGUGUGCCGGCCCGUGGUGAGCAUCAUCGACCGCGAGUUCGGGCUGAGCUUCAACAUCUCCGGGCUGGGCGGGCUCGUCAACUGCGGCAAGGUCGGCUUCAAAGCCGCCAUGAGCCACUCGCCCGAGUUCCCCUGCGACGUCGACGGCAACCUCAAGGAGCGAUACAUCUUCUUCGCGUUCCCCCACGUGUCCAUCGGCGAGUCGGGCGAGGUGGGGUCGCUGCUGCGUCGCGGUCGCGGCAAGCCGUCGAGCGCAUGCGGAGCGUUGAUCGCCAUCAACAACGACAUCAACGGCGGAGCGGCGCCCAGCAUGGACAGCGACGACCCCGAGUACACGCUGCUGCGCAAAAAGAUCAUGACCAAGGUGUCCGAGAGUACCGGCGAUCUGUCCCUGGUGCAGGUGACCAAGGCGGCGCUGGCGGCGAUCAACGAGGAUCUGGAGAAGCUCAUCUCGCUGACGGUGGACCCGGCGACGGCGGACUACGCGGUGAUCACGGGCGUGCAGAUCCACUCGGGCGACCAGAUCCCCGGCCAGCCCUUCCGCAUCGAGCGCACGUGCGACUACAUCGCGCCCGACCAGAUGUACGCCGUGGUGCGCGGGCAGAAGUACGCGCUGCAGGUGCAGACGCCCAAGUCCGAAGGCGUCGCCGCGAUGGUUUGAGAUAAUUAGUUCAGUUUAGUGCGUACUAACCGUAGAGAUCGCGAGUGUCCGGUUCUCUGAAGCGCAAGUCCCUAGUUUCCACCUGUAAAUUAUUGUAUUCCACUGUUUAAUGAGGAACUCGAUUACGUUCAAUUAUU